AUGGCAGCUCAAGUGGUGAAUGUGUACACGACGGCGUCGUCUGCUGAUAACCUAUCUCGACAUGAGAUGUUGAUGUGGGUCAACGAUUGUCUACAGGCGCACUUCACGAAGAUUGAGCAGUUGCAUACCGGCGCCGGAUAUUGUUUGUUCACUGACUUCUUGUUCCCCGAAAGCAUCCAGUUGAAGAAGGUGAAAUGGAACAGCCGACUGGAGUUGGAUUGGCUCUCCAACUGGAAACUCGUUCAGACGGCAUGGAAGAAUUUGGGAGUUGAGAAGGUCAUUCCAGUCGACAAGCUGAUUAAGGGAAAAUUCCAGGACAACUUUGAAUUCCUGCAAUGGUUCAAGAAGCUCUUCGACGCCAACUACGACGGUCACGAGUACGAUCCACUGAGCGCCCGUAACGGAGAAGGUCUUCCCACUGAGAAUGGCCCGGCUGGUGCUGCUGCGAAGACUCCAUCCAGAAUGCCAGCUAGAUCUGUCCCUCAGAAGCCAGUGACCACUAUGAGGACUCCAGCGCCACCAGCCGCCCCAGCUGCUCGUCCAACGCCAGCUCGGCCAAAGCCAGCAGCAGCACCAGCACCAUCUAAGCCUGCUGCCAACGCUGCGCCAGUCAGAUCUGCAUCUACCGUAGCCGCGGCACCACCUGGAGUAGAUAUGGCGACAUUCAAUAAGGUGAAAGAGGAGCUGGAAGAGGUCACUCGCCAAUUGACGGAAUCUGACAACGUGAUUGCUAGUCUGGAGAAGGAACGAGACUUCUACUUUAGCAAGCUGCGAACAAUUGAGGUCAUUUGCCAGGAUAAUGAGUCUAUUGGCAAUGUGGAAGUGUCCAGAGUGCUUGAGGUGCUCUACGAAACCGAGGAAGGAUUCGCGCCACCAGAAGACGAGGCGAACGGAGGAGCCGAGGAAUUUUAA